AUGCUUUGGAUCAAAAACCUCGCGAGAAUCUCUCCGACGACUUCGUCGGUCGGAAACUUGUUCAGGAGCUCCGAAUCCUUCACUCUCUCGUCCCGUUUCUGCACCGCUCUGCAACAUCAGCAGCCACAGAGCGAGACGGUUCAAGCGGCGACGGAGGUAGUUAAUGGGUUGGAGGCAGAUCGUUACGACGGUUUGGCUCCGACUAAAGAGGGAGAGAAGCCGAGAGUGCUGGUUCUCGGGUCGGGUUGGGCGGGUUGUCGUCUGAUGAAAGGGAUCGAUACGAGCAUAUACGACGUCGUUUGCGUCUCUCCGAGGAACCACAUGGUCUUCACUCCUCUAUUGGCUUCUACUUGCGUUGGUACGCUUGAGUUCAGGUCCGUCGCUGAGCCAAUCUCUCGUAUCCAGCCGGCGAUUUCACGAGAACCCGGUUCUUAUUACUUCCUUGCUAAUUGCUCGAGACUUGAUUCCGAGAAUCAUGAGGUGCAUUGUGAGACUGUGACCGAUGGAUUGAGCACACUGAAGCCAUGGAAGUUCAAGAUCGCUUAUGACAAACUGAUACUAGCUUGCGGUGCAGAAGCAUCCACGUUUGGAAUUAACGGCGUCUUAGAAAACGCCAUAUUCCUCCGUGAGGUUCACCACGCUCAGGAGAUCCGCAGGAAGCUUCUUCUUAACCUCAUGCUCUCUGAAGUUCCAGGCAUAGGUGAAAACGAAAAGAAGAGGCUGUUGCAUUGCGUUGUGGUUGGAGGUGGUCCCACUGGUGUGGAGUUCAGCGGUGAAUUGAGUGAUUUCAUCAUGAAAGAUGUUCGUCAGAGAUAUUCUCAUGUUAAAGACGACAUUCGUGUUACUUUGAUCGAGGCAAGAGAUAUACUUUCUUCGUUCGACGAUCGUCUAAGACACUAUGCCAUCAAGCAGUUAAACAAGUCUGGAGUGAAGCUUGUGCGUGGGAUAGUGAAAGAAGUGAAGCCACAGAAGCUGAUCCUUGAUGAUGGAACCGAAGUGCCUUACGGUCUAUUAGUGUGGUCAACAGGUGUUGGUCCAUCUUCGUUUGUGAGGUCUCUUCAUCUUCCAAAAGAUCCAGGUGGAAGGAUUGGAAUCGAUGAGUGGAUGCGUGUACCUUCUGUAGAAGACGUGUUUGCGAUUGGUGACUGUAGCGGUUAUCUUGCCACCACAGGGAAAUCAACACUUCCUGCUCUUGCACAGGUGGCUGAGAGAGAAGGCAAAUACUUGGCGAAUCUACUGAACGUGAUGGGAAAAGCAGGAGGAGGAAGAGCCAACAGCGCAAAGGGAAUGGAACUUGGAGAACCAUUUGUGUAUAAGCAUAUGGGAAGCAUGGCUACAAUUGGGAGAUACAAAGCUCUUGUUGAUCUCCGUGAGAGCAAGGAAGGAAAAGGGAUAUCAAUGGCGGGAUUUGUGAGCUGGUUCAUAUGGAGGUCUGCGUAUCUGACUCGAGUCGUGAGCUGGAGAAACCGCUUCUAUGUCGCUAUCAAUUGGCUCACCACUUUCGUCUUUGGCCGUGACAUUAGCCGUAUCUGA